UCCUCAGGGCAGGAUGGCUGCAGAAGAAAGCUCAGCAGACACUCUGAGACUCCAGUUCAAGGCCAUGCAGGAGCUUCAGCACAGAAGGUUACAAAAACAGAUGGAGAAAAAGAAGGAGAAAGAACUGAGCGGUAAAGGCAAAGCUGGUCAGGAGGGGCUUGCAGAGAUCCCAGACAACCUCAGUCUCCUGGACACCGAAGAACAGAACCUGAAAAACAUCUUUGAGAAGAGGGUGCUGGAAGACGAAAUCCAGCAGCUUCGUAGCGAACUCAGAGAGACAGUGGAUGAGAACGGGCGGCUGUAUAAGCUGUUGAAGGAGAGGGACUUUGAGAUCAAACAUCUCAAGAAGAAAAUAGAAGAGGACCGGUUUGCCUUCACAGGGGCGACUGGGAUGACUGGGGAUCUAGUUGCCACCAAAAUCGUUGAACUGUCCAAAAAGAACCGGGGGCUGAUGGCAGAGUCAGAGAGCGCAAAGGCCAGGGUGAAGCAGCUGACAAAUCGCAUCCAGGAGCUGGAGCACGAACUGCAGAUGGCGCCAGCCAGGCCGCCAGCCAAGGCGACCGGUGACACAGGGGCCAAGCCACUGAAGACCCAGGCGGAAGACAAAACCUUGGUGGAGCCCCCAGAGGUGAAAGCCCUGCAGGACAAGCUUGCAGCCACCAACCUGAAAAUGAGUAAUCUGCGCAACCAGAUCCAGUCUGCACAGCAGGAGCUCCGCGUGGCCCAGAAGGUUCUGGCCAAUGAAGUUGGGGAGGAUGUCAACAUCCAGCAGCUCCUGUCCUCCCCAGGGACCUGGAGGGGGCGGGCUCAACAAAUCCUAGUUCUACAGAGUAAGGUCCGAGAGCUGGAGAAGCAGCUGGGACAGCGCCAGAACAAGCCUGCCGACCCCUCCAGCUCCGAGCUGCCUGUCAGUUCAGACCCAAGGAAGCUGACAGCCCAAGAGAAAAACCUGCUGAGGAUCCGCAGCCUGGAGAGGGACAGGCAGGAGAGCUGGGAGAAACUGGCCAGUGAGCGGGACACCCUCCAGACAGAGCUAGAGGAGCUGAGAAGGAAGUUUGAGGGCAUGCGGUCUCGCAACAAGGUGCUGUCCAGCGAGGUGAAGACCCUCCGGAGCCAGAUGGUGACCCUGGUAGAGAAGGGCAAGCAUGACGACGAACUGAUUGAUGCCCUCAUGGACCAGCUGAAGCAGCUUCAGGACAUCCUGGGCAGCCUCAGUGUGCAGGAGGAAUCGAGGCGCACAUCUCAGCACCACCUGGACCAGAAGGUCAACAGUGAGGCCCAACGGAGCAGCAGCCUUGUGGCCCAGCUGCGGGCCAUGGUGGCCGAGCGGGAGGCCAAGGUGCACCAGCUGGAGCUGGAGAUUGGGCAGCUCAGCGUGCAGUAUCUCCACAGUAAAGGAGGGGGUGAGGGGGCCAGCCCCACCCAUGCCAGGUUCCCUGAGGACCACACCCCGAUAACCGACUCUCCAGCCUCGGCAGGCGACCAUGUCGGCAGGCUAGGAUCCUCUCGCUCUGUGACCAGCCUGGGCCACACGCUGGUAGAAUCUGCUCUCACGAGACCAUCCCUGCAGAGUCCCCACAGGACCUCACCCAGGUUCCUGGACUCCCCAGAACAAAAAGGCUGGCAAGCACAAGCUGCAGAAAUGAAGGCCCUUUGGCAGGCUGCUGAGGUGGAGCGUGACCGCCUCAAUGAGUUUGUCACCGUCCUGCAGAAGCGGGCAGAGGAGAGCAGCAGCAAGCUUCUGGAAGCUGAGCAGAGGCUGCAGGAGGAGCGGCAGCGCGCUGUCCUCUUGGAGCAGCACCUGGAGAAGAUGCGUCUGGAACCUUCCAGGGCCUCGGCAUCCCAGAAGGCCGCUAGGAGCAGGUCAGGGCCCCCCACCCCCAGCACGAAGCACGACCCGACUGGGAGCGCCAAGAAAGACCCGCCCUCCACUCAGCUCUCCCAUGUGCCCAUGGAAUCCCAGAUAGAGGAGCUGACUGCCAGGCUGGCUAUCCAGAUGGAAGAGAACAGAGUCCUGAGAGACGCCCUGGGCAGUGCCCUGCGUGGGAAGGAGGAGGACUUCCGCAUGUACCACCAGACCCUGGGCCAGGUGAAGGGGGUGUUCCUGCAGGCGCUGCGGCAGCAAAAAGCCAACAAGCAGUAGACCGCAGCUGCUCACUCAACUCCUGGAGGGCAGGACCGUCCACUGCGGUGGGCUGCACCCGCGAGGUCCCUCCCAGAAGCCACCUGGAAUACUGGCUGAGCUGAGGCCUGCUGAGCGGGCAGGCUGAGGAUGCCUGGGCCAGGGAGGAGCGGCCAACUCCAGCAGAUGCGUUUCCUUGAGCAGGUGCUAAGGCUCUUGUCCUAGGGUUCUAGCCAGAGCCCUGUGCUGCUAUGGGCUUUCCACACACAGAUGAGCCCCUUGGUGCUUCCUGAUGAGGGCGCCCGCCCGCCCGCCCGGAGCCAUCCCCCCCUCCCUAUCUCCCCUGCGCCCAGCCUCUCUGUAAACUAACCACAUGCAUGGGGAGGAAU